ACUUCGUUUUCUUUUCUCCAGCUGGACUGUGGACCUUCAAUCUCCUACUUUUAAUCUUAUUUAUUUGUAGCUGACUUUGUUUUAGAAGUUCUAUUUUGUUUUAUUGAUUAUCCUCAUAUUCUGUUUUACUUCACACUCUAAGCUUCACAAUGAUGUCAACUCGCUCUCCACUGAAAGCCAAGAAUGAAAACGCCGUUUCUGCAAAAUUGAGUAGCAUGUCCUUGGUGGACAAAGAAAACACGCCACCCAGUCUGAGCUCCACCAGAAUCCUGGCGUCUAAAACGGCGCGCAAAAUCUUUGACGAUUCAGAGGACCAGACAAAAGCUAGAAAAAGGGCUGUGGAGGAGGAGCCCCUUCUGAAGGACAACCCCCACCGCUUUGUCAUUUUUCCAAUUCAGUACCAUGACAUCUGGCAGAUGUACAAGAAGGCAGAGGCCUCCUUCUGGACUGCAGAGGAGGUUGACCUGUCCAAAGAUCUUCAGCACUGGGAUUCCCUGAAAGACGAGGAGAGAUAUUUCAUCUCUCAUGUUUUGGCUUUCUUUGCUGCAAGUGAUGGCAUUGUCAAUGAGAACUUGGUGGAGCGAUUUACUCAGGAGGUCCAAGUGACUGAAGCCCGUUGCUUCUACGGUUUCCAGAUUGCCAUGGAAAACAUACACUCUGAAAUGUACAGUCUGUUGAUUGACACCUACAUCAAAGAUCCCAAAGAGAGAGAAUUUCUUUUCAAUGCCAUUGAGACGAUGCCUUGCGUAAAGACAAAGGCUGAUUGGGCGCUUAACUGGAUUGGUGACAAAAAUACACAAUACGGGGAGAGAGUGGUGGCUUUUGCUGCUGUAGAAGGAAUCUUCUUUUCUGGGUCUUUUGCUUCUAUUUUCUGGCUAAAGAAGAGAGGACUCAUGCCUGGACUCACCUUCUCCAAUGAACUUAUCAGCAGAGAUGAGGGUCUUCAUUGUGACUUUGCCUGCCUCAUGUUCAAGCACUUGGUCAACAAACCUUCAGAAGAAACUGUAAAGAAAAUCAUCAUGAACGCAGUUGCAAUUGAACAGGAAUUCCUGACUGAUGCUCUGCCAGUAAAGCUAAUUGGUAUGAACUGUGACCUGAUGAAGCAAUACAUCGAGUUUGUGGCUGACAGACUUCUGCUUGAGCUGGGAUUUGACAAGGUCUAUAAAGUGGAAAAUCCUUUUGACUUCAUGGAGAAUAUUUCCUUGGAGGGCAAGACCAACUUUUUUGAGAAGCGAGUAGGCGAGUACCAGCGGAUGGGAGUCAUGUCCGGACCCACAGAUAACACUUUCAGACUGGAUGCUGAUUUUUAGAGACUCAGAGUGCCUGAAUGGACACUUAUAAACUCUUUGGACUCAGGAGUUUCAACCUCACUAAUUUCUACAUCGUUUACACAAGAUUCUUUUUUUUUUUUGAUACUUUGCUUUGUUUUAAUGAUCAAUACUAAAAUGCCUUUAUUUUUUAAAUGAUUAAAAAAAAAAAGUCUA